AUGGAUCCCUCACAAAUUAAAAUUCCCCCCAUGAAAGAUCUUACCAUCGACAACAUCACCGAAAACACUGUCCGAAUAAAUUCUCAAGGAAGCGAUGAACGUCUCACAUAUGUUAUGGAAAGACUUGUUACACAUCUCCAUGAUUUUGCCCGUGAAACACGUCUGAGUACUAAAGAAUGGAUGGCUGCAUUAGAUUUCUUGGUGAGGGUUGGUCAAAUAUCUAGUGAUGUUAGACAUGAAUUCAUCCUUCUAUCAGAUAUCCUCGGGCUAUCUCUCCUAGUCGACGCAAUCGACCACCCCAAACCCUCCUCUUCAACCGAAGGAAGCGUUCUCGGUCCCUUCCACACCCACGAUGCAGAGGUAAUGGCAUCAGGCGAUAAGAUGUGUUCCGAUCCCCAAGGCGACCCAUGCAUCGUUCUCUGCACCAUCAAAGACGUCUCGGGAACCCCUAUUCCAGAUGUCAAAAUCGACAUCUGGGAGACAGAUUCCACAGGCCACUACGAUGUCCAGCACGACAUCCGAGACGGGCCCGAUGGAAGAUGCGUGAUGAAAAGUGAUUCCAAUGGAGAAUUCUGGUUCAAGGCUAUCGUGCCUGUUCCCUAUCCCAUUCCGCAUGAUGGGCCUGUGGGCCAGCUUUUGAAAUUGUUGAAGAGACAUCCGUGGAGACCGGCUCAUAUGCACUUUAUGUUUGAGAAGCCUGGCUGGGAUCAUCUUAUAACCGCAUUGUAUCUCCGAGGCGAUCCUUACGAAUCAUCAGACGCAGUAUUCGGAGUAAAACAAUCACUAAUCGUAGACUUCGAACCCGCAACCGCUGAGAUUGCAAAGAAGUAUUCAGUUCCCGAAGGAUCAAAAGUCUUGAAACAUGAUUUUGUUUUAGUGAGUGAAAAAGAGACGGAAGAGUUGAGAGAUCGGAAUGCCUUGAAGGCUUUGAAGGAUUUGGGAAUGAAAGUAAAGUUGUUAGAUCAUUUACCUGUGCCGGAUCUGGAUUGA